UAGUCCCGACGCUCCAAGAUGAAUGGAGGCAACAUGCUGUAUGUCGGCGACGAAAUUGGAGCCUUAGUUUUCGAUCCAGGGCACCAUUCGUUGCGUGUGGGCUACGCGCAAGAGGAUUCGCCGAAGGCUGAGAUACCCUCUGUUGUCGGCAUUGGAGCAUCCCCAACUCCGGAUACGAAUCUUGAUCCAGAUACCAAAACUGACAACAAUGUGACGCCCAACAGCCCACUCGUCGUAUUCCGAGUCCUGUUCCGGCUGCGCUGCUUUACUAUACAGAAAAGGAUACUUGGUAAUCAGCUCCAGCAGACGUAAAUCGUUCAGAACUAUCAUCGAAUUGCAAUUUGUGUUGGAUAUAUUUAUUUCCAUUGGGCUGACUGAGGAGUCUCUACCGCUUUCGCUGUCCAUUGCUGUGCCAGCUUCGGUACCCAUUUCGUUUUUCGGAUCAGCCAUUAUUCGGCGACGCGACGGAUUUGAUCUUCUAAAUUUUUUGUUGUCCCCGAAUUUUAUAAACAUAUGAAUAUAU